AUGGAGAUGGAUGUUGAUGCAUAUUUGAGACGGCGUUAUGAGGGACAAAUUGCUGACAUUGAAAUUGUGGAGAAAGAGGAUCUUGAUCUUAAAAACCAUCUGUCUGGUUUGCGCAAAUCUUAUUUAAAGAUAUCUUUCGAUACGGUGCAACAAUUGAUGCAUGUAAAGAGUGAUCUAAUGCACGUUGUUGAAAGAAACCAGGCAAAGUUUGAUGCUGCUGAAGCAUAUGAAUCCAUAUUGACAGGGAAAAGCAAACAACGACCUCAAGAUUUUAUAGAUUGUAUUGCUGAUCUCCGCGAGUAUGAUGUCCCUUACCACGUUCGCUUUGCAAUUGACAAUGAUGUAAGAUGUGGGCAGUGGUAUGAUGUUUGCAUAUCCAGUGCUGGGCUCAUGCUAGAAAGAAGGGCUGAUCUCCUGCAACGUGCUGAAGUUCAUGUUUGUGCAUUUGAUAUUGAGACCACAAAGCUUCCAUUGAAAUUUCCCGACGCUGAAUAUGAUUCAGUAAUGAUGAUUUCGUACAUGGUUGAUGGACAAGGUUAUCUGAUUAUUAAUAGAGAGUGUGUUGGGGAAGAUAUAGAAGAUUUGGAAUACACUCCAAAACCAGAAUUUGAAGGGUUCUUCAAGAUUACAAAUGUUAAAAAUGAGAAAGAGCUUCUUAGACAGUGGUUCGCCCAUAUGCAAGAUGUGAAGCCUGGUAUAUAUGUCACAUAUAAUGGUGACUUUUUUGAUUGGCCUUUUCUGGAAAGCAGAGCUGCCCAUAAUGGGUUUAGAAUGAGUGAUGAGUUAGGAUUUCUCUGUGACAAGAAUCAAGGGGAAUGUCGUGCUAAAUUUGCAUGCCAUCUGGAUUGUUUUGCUUGGGUCAAACGUGAUAGUUAUCUACCUCAAGGGAGCCAAGGCCUAAAGGCUGUCACAAAGGCUAAGUUGGGGUAUGAUCCACUGGAAGUGAAUCCUGAGGACAUGGUUCGCUUUGCAAAGGAAAGACCCCAGAUGAUGGCCUCCUAUUCUGUAUCUGAUGCUGUUGCAACUUACUACUUGUAUAUGACUUAUGUUCAUCCCUUCAUUUUUUCCCUUGCAACUAUAAUACCAAUGCCGCCAGAUGAGGUUUUGCGAAAAGGAAGUGGAACCCUUUGUGAAAUGCUUCUUAUGGUCCAGGCAUACAAGGGAAAUAUCAUUUGCCCUAAUAAACAUCAAUCUGAUCCGGAGAAAUUCUACAAGAAUCAAGUCCUUGAGAGUGAAACAUACAUCGGUGGCCACGUAGAAUGCCUAGAAAGUGGUGUUUUCAGAUCUGACCUUUCAAGUAGUUUUAAACUUGAUCCAUCUGCCUUUGAUCAACUAAUCAACAACCUUGAUCGUGAUUUGCACUAUGCUAUUAGAGUAGAGGGUAAGAUGGACUUGGAAUUUGUCUCGAAUUAUGAUGAAGUGAAGAAUGCCAUCAUGGAAAAGAUCUCUUUCAGGACCAAUUUACUAGACCAAGUUAGAGACAAGAUUGGUGAUGAGCUACCUGUGUUGCACCAAAUUUUCGAUUUUCAACUUAUGAGGCUGCGAGAUGACCCCAUACGUGAAGAAUGCCCCUUGAUAUAUCAUCUAGAUGUGGCUGCAAUGUAUCCAAACAUCAUAUUGACAAACAGGCUUCAGCCACCAUCUAUAGUCUCGGACGAGGUCUGUACUGCAUGUGAUUUUAACCGUCCUGGCAAAACUUGUCUUCGGAAACUUGAAUGGGUUUGGCGCGGGGAGACAUACAUGGCUAAGAAAAGUGAUUACUAUCAUUUGAAGAGACAAAUUGAGUCUGAGUUUGUUGAGAGUGUAAAUGGGCAGUUAUCAAAAUCUUUUCUUGACCUGCCUAAGGUGGACCAACAAUUGAAACUCAAAGAUCGACUAAAGAAAUACUGCCAGAAGGCAUAUAAAAGGGUACUUGACAAGCCAGUUACUGAGCUUCGAGAAGCAGAGAUUUGCAUGCGGGAAAACCCUUUUUAUGUUGAUACUGUCCGCAGCUUUCGAGACAGAAGGUAUGAAUACAAAGGACUAAAUAAAGUUUGGAAAGGGAAGUUGUCAGAAGCAAAGACUAGUGGGAAUCCUAUAAAGAUACAAGAAGCACAAGAUAUGGUAGUUCUUUAUGAUUCGUUACAACUGGCUCAUAAGUGUAUUCUGAAUUCUUUUUAUGGAUAUGUCAUGCGCAAGGGUGCAAGAUGGUACUCAAUGGAAAUGGCAGGGGUUGUUACAUAUACUGGAGCUAAAAUUAUUCAGAAUGCUCGUUUACUGGUUGAAAGAAUUGGAAGACCACUUGAACUAGACACGGAUGGUAUCUGGUGUGCCUUACCUGGGUCAUUCCCCGAAAACUUCACCUUUAAAACACAUGGUUACCUGGUUUGGACGGUGUUACUGGAGACACUGAAUCUUAUGGGGAACAUAUAUUGCAGAGACUCAAAGAAGAAGCUGACAAUUUCAUAUCCUUGUGUUAUGCUUAAUGUUGAUGUGGCUAGUAACAAUACAAAUGAUCAGUACCAGACACUCGUAGAUCCUAUUAGUAGGAAGUAUGCCACACAUAGCGAAUGUUCAAUUGAAUUUGAAGUGGAUGGACCCUAUAAGGCAAUGAUUCUUCCCGCUUCAAAGGAGGAAGGGAUUUUGAUUAAGAAGCGUUAUGCUGUUUUUAAUGAUGAUGGAACUCUUGCAGAGUUAAAAGGCUUUGAGAUCAAGCGCAGAGGUGAGCUAAAGCUCAUCAAAGUUUUCCAGGCUGAACUUUUUGAUAAAUUCCUACAUGGGUCAAGCCUUGAGGAGUGCUAUUCAGCAGUUGCUUCUGUUGCCAACCGGUGGCUUGAUCUUCUUGAUAAUCAAGGAAAAGACAUUGCAGACAGUGAGUUGCUUGAUUACAUAUCAGAAUCAAGCACAAUGAGCAAGUCCUUAGCAGACUACGGUGUACAAAAGUCAUGUGCAGUAACCACUGCAAAACGCCUUGCUGACUUUCUUGGUGAUACAAUGGUUAAAGACAAAGGACUGCUUUGUCAGUAUAUAGUUGCAUGUGAACCAAGGGGAACCCCAGUCAGUGAGCGUGCUGUUCCUGUUGCCAUAUUUGAAACUGAUGCUGGUAAAAUUCUCUAUUAG